AUAUAACACAAAAAUUAAAACUGCUUUCCAAUUCCCACCUUAUAAUAUGGUAAAAUAAUUGGGUAUAUAUAUUUGGGUUAUAACUAUUGUUGUUGCAUAGAAUUAGUAGAAGAAAAUAUACAAAGAUGAAGGGAUUAAUAGUGUUGUUGCUAGUGAUUGGCUUCUUGAAAGAGCAAUACUAUUUUUGUAAUGCAGCUGAUCCAACUGAUGGAUUCACCCUUGUCCCUUUGAAACCACAAGAUUUUCAGAUGGACAAACCUUUUAAUGAACCUCUCAAGAAUCGCUUUAGUUUCAAAGAUGGAGUUCGAAGUUUUUGGAUCUACAACCGGGACAAACCCUUCAAACCCUCCAGUCCCACUAGGCCACGAACUGAAGUUCGCAUAGCGGGACAUGACUACUCUUCAGGAGUAUGGCAAUUUGAAGGGUAUGCUUAUGUGCCAAAAGGGACCUCAGGAGUGACCAUAGUGCAAAUCCAUGGAGCAGCUGAGGGAGCUACCACUCUGCAACUAAGGAUCUACGACGGCAACAUGAAGUACUACAAGUUCAAUUUAGUGGCUACAGAUCUGUACGACAGGUGGUUUCGAGUGAACAUAAUCCACAACGUCGACGAAGGCAAGAUCACUGUCUUUAUCGACGGCGCCAACAAGUUCGUCAUCAACGAUCAGGGUCCCGGCGACCUCUACUUCAAGUUUGGUGUCUAUGCUGCCCCAGCUGGUUCCAGUGGUUACAUGGAAUCCAAAUGGAGAGACAUCAAGCUUUACAAAAAGUAAAUUAAUUUGAAGAUGUUCUGUAAUGUUAUUAUGAUGUUUUCUUCAACAUUGUAUUGUACUUUUCUUUGGUAUAACAUGAUUUGCUUUUAAUACAUUCCACUAGAUAUCAUUAUUAAAAAAGGAAAUUUUUAUAUAUAAAAAAUAUGGUUUUACCAUGUAUCUAAGUUUUAAAAAUUAACCUAAAAAAGUCAUUAUUAAUAUAAUUUUUUUAAACUGAUUAACUUUCCUAAAGUACCACGUAAUUAUGUAAAAAAUUAUAAUUCAUUUGUUAAUUUAUACAUUUACAAGGGAAAA